UUCGUACUUUCCGCUUAUCCAUAGCGAGCGAAAGCGGCAAUGCAUGCCUCUGCUUCCAUAGGCUAAUCCUUCUUCUCCCAUGCGCAACUCUGAGACCUUCGCCCGCGAAUCCAUCGACGCCCAUGGCCUCUCUGUCUCUCCCUUGGAGGCCUCUAUCCCAAGCGGUAGCCAUCCCUAAGAGCUCCUAUCGGAUCAGAACGCGAAGCUUUCCGCUUCGCUCUUCUCGUCUGGUUUCUACUCCAAGAUCUCCCAGAGAACUCUUCUUCUUGAACUUUGUAAGAAAGAGGAGGCUGCCAUUGCUAGGAAGCAGGGUACCGAAUUUGGAGGAAAAAUCAGUUCUUGGUCUGGAGGUCAUCCAGAUGUUGGAUGGGGAAGCAGAAACGAGGAGCUUAAUCUCAAAGAGCCAAGAAAGGGUUUUCAAGUUCGUACGGUUUAAUAAGGAUAUGAAAACUGAUAAACAUGUAUUCUGGUUGUGCACGCUUUCAUGUGGAAUAACAUCAUGGUUGAGUUUUGCUCAAGUCGUGCAAUCAAGUGAGGGAGCAAGAAUAAACAUAGUUUAUGAGAUCGGGGAGCUCUUUGAGUUGGGAAUACAGCUGUUUUAUUUGCUCAUAUUAUUGGGUCUGCUAGGAGUUGGGACCUUUUUUGUCAUUCGUCAAGUUCUUGUUCGUCGAGAGCUUGACCUUUCUGCUAAAGAAUUGCAGGAGCAAGUUCGAAGUGGUGAUGCAACUGCAACUGAGUAUUUUGAGCUUGGUGCAGUUAUGCUCAGAAGAAAAUUCUACCCAGCAGCUGCCAAAUAUUUGCAGCAAGCAAUUGAGAAAUGGGACAGAGAUGAUCAGGAUCUUGCACAGGUAUAUAAUGCUCUUGGAGUUAGCUAUGUCCGAGAAAACAAACUUGACAAGGGAAUUGCACAAUUUGAGAAAGCAGUGAAGCUUCAGCCAGGCUAUGUGACUGCUUGGAAUAACUUGGGUGAUGCAUAUGAGAAGAAAAAAGACUUAAGAUCUGCUUUAAAAGCAUUCGAGGAGGUGCUUCUUUUUGAUCCAAAUAAUAAGAUAGCGCGGCCACGGCGAGAUGCUUUGAGAGAUCGUGUCAAAUUGUACAAAGGAGUCCCUCUUAAAUCAGAGGACCGCUGAGUCUUUUUGCAUCCGACGUAGCCUCGGCCAAAUUUUAGCAUCAUUUCCUUAUGGAGGUUGGAAGGAAUGAUUUGGAAAAGCUGGCAGUGAUGCAGGAUUCAGCUCCUUGGUAGGAUUCAGUGGUGAAAAUGGGUUGAGAAAGCCUUGUAUUUGAAUCAGACUUUUGUAUGUGGUUAGGUAGUUUGAUUUUUGGCUCAUAGUCUAUGCCUCGUGACUUUCAUCCCUCAAACUGUUAGAUCUUUUCAAGCCUAGAGAAAUCUAGGAAAAUGUUUUGUUGUUGAGUAAAUAUAUCUGUUGAAAUAAUCAAUCAACUACUUGAGUGAUUCUUUAGGUUUUCAA